UUGAAUUCUAACCUCUUCCUCAAGUCCCAGAAAUUGACCAUGUCUGUUAAAUGUUGAGCCUCUACAAUUAUUAAGCAGUGGAAGUCAUCAAGUUUUUUCCUGUAUAAUAGGUUGGAGGACACACCAUGUGAUUCAUGUCUCACGCUUAUUAAUCCCUGCCUAAAUACCUAUACACCACAGAUUUUUCCACACGCUUUCAUCUAUAAAUACACACCAUAUACUAAACUUUCUUCACCAAACAGAAUUGUAUACAACAAGAACCUCUUCCAAGUUCUAACAAAUACUAUUAAGAUGGCUAUUCGUUUGCCUAGUGUCUUGAGUGCUAAACACAUUCUUCGCCGAUCUAAUCUGUUUUCAAAUCAAGCAGCUGCACCAGCAUCACAAGAUGUGCCUAAAGGGUACUUUGCUGUAUAUGUAGGAGAGGGUGAAAAGAAGAGAUUUGUGAUACCAGUCUCAUUAUUGAAUCAGCCUUCAUUCCAAGAACUGCUAAGUAUAGCUGAGGAAGAAUUUGGCUUCAGUCAUCCAAUGGGUGGCCUCACAAUUCCCUGCACAGAAGAUAUGUUCAUUAAUCUCACCGCAGACUUACAUAGACUAUGAAGAGCAGCCAAGAGUUUUAAAUCUGAAGAGAAAUCUUAGUUUUUCCUUUUAACAUGGGGUUCGGAAAAAUGGACUCGUGCAAAAGGUUUACACAGAUGAGAUGAUACGCGGCCAAAACUAAGUCUGAAGACAGACUUUUUUUUUUCUUUUUUUGGGUAAUCUCUGAGGACAGGCUUUUGUUUUUGGUUUUUGCCUUGUAACAUGGGAUUGAGAAAAGUUGACCCAUGCAUAAAGGUUUACUCUGUUCGGCAAGUGACUAUAUGGUAUAUGUAUCAUUGGAUUUAAAACAUAA